GUUAAAGCGCACCGAGCACACUCAGGCUUUCACGGUUGCGACUCCCGACGAAUACGAUGGCGGGCAAGCAAAUCGGCGGAGAGGGCGGUGUCCCGGAGAAUCUCGCCGGAAUGACCAAAAGUCAGCUUUACGAUAUCAUGUCUCAAAUGAAGACGCUGAUUGAUCAAAACCACGAGCAAGCGAGAGAGAUUCUGAUUCGGAACCCUCUUUUGACCAAGGCUCUUUUCCAGGCACAGAUCAUGCUUGGAAUGGUUCAGCCUCCUCAAGUGGUUCAGAAAGUUGAGCCUCAAGUAGCGCCACAGCCUCAACAGUCCCGUCAAUCGAUCCCGACGAAGCCGAACGUUCAAGUUCAUGUUCCUUCUGUUCAAGAGCCAGCAGCUACAAUACAACCACAAGCACCUAUUAGAAAACACCCAAUGCAACAACAACAACAACCAAUGCCUAUGCCUCCUCCUCCACCUCCUGUCACUGCAACCAGUAAUGUUCCAUCACAGCCUCGUUUUUCGCAUCCUCAGCGCCAGGGACAUUUGAAUCCUGCUGGCGCUUCUUUGUCUCAUCCUCAAGUUCAAAAUGCGCCUUCUCUAGCUCCCCGUCAUCCAACAUCCCAACAACCUCCGUUUCAUCAUCUUGAUAUACCAGCCUCCUCUACUCAGUUACAACAACAGCAACAACCAAUGCACUCUGUUGGGGUUGGGGGUUCUCAUUUGGCUCAACAACAGGCUAGACCAUAUCAUCAUCAGUUUGGACCGUCGCAGACUGGUCCCAACACUGGGUUUCAGCACCAUGGUGCACCUCCUCAGCAUCAUUCUCAACCUAGUUUUCAUUCAGGCAACAGACCUUCAGCUUCUGGUGGACCUCACUUCCCGCAGGGACAGCCACAUCUGCCUAAUCAGCCACCAUAUCAGGGUGGUCAGUUUCGUGGGGACUACAAUAAUAACCAAUUAGGAGGUCCGAUGGCUGCAGACAGAGGUCCUUCUUGGAUGGCUGGCCAACCAGAGAGCUCAAACAUUACUCAUCUCCCAGGAUUAGGACCGGUUCCUCCACCAAGCCAAGUCGGGCCUGGAGGCGGACCACCACCUCGCCCUGCACCGAUAUCUGCUGAUAUGGAGAAGGCAUUGCUUCAACAGGUGAUGAGUCUGACCCCAGAGCAGAUCAAUUUACUGCCACCAGAACAGAGAAACCAAGUCCUUCAGCUCCAACAGAUGCUCCGACAGUGAAGCUCAUUGAUAUAAUCACUUGGUCUCCAUUAGUAGAGACAGGUUUUGGGUUUGAAUGUAAGGUCCGAGGCAAGUUUGAGAUGAUCUGUAGAACAAAGAAGUAAUUAGUUGUAUUUUUUUAAGUUCAAGGUAUCAUUUAGUACUUUGCUCAUAAACCCCCGGAGAAAUUUAUGUGUUCUUCAGUUUGUUUUUUUUGGUUUCGGUGACAAUGUUCUUCCGACUUGAUUACUUUCCGUCUUGUUUACAGCUUUGUUCAGUCUUUCGACUAACACACUGCCUACGGAAAUAUACUAGAACUCACCAAACCCAACCGAAUUUCUUUUGGUUUUGGGUUGAAGUUUGGGUAA